AUGCUGAGGACCGGUCCUGGCACUUCGCACUCUCGCGACAAGGCUCCGCCUUUGAGGAUCUGUAUCUCCACGUCCGCGCCCAUCAGCUGCGACGCCGGCGCCGCCAGUGCUGUCGGCGUGGACACGGCCACCGAACGCGCCAGGAAGUCGUGCGUGUCGGAGUGCUCGCUGGACGACGACGACGACGUCGUCGACCUGGAGGCCGGGCUGGCUGAGAUCACCAAGGCCAGCCCGGACAAGGCCGAGAGGAACUGCCGCAUCUGCCACCUCGGCCUGGACAGCGCCGCUGCCGAGUCCGGCGCCGGCAUCGUGCUCGGCUGUUCCUGCAAGGACGACCUCUCCUGUGCCCACAAGCAGUGCGCCGAGACCUGGUUCAAGAUCAGAGGCAACAAGUAA